AUGGCUCCCUUCUCUAGGGAUGGUGUAUUAUGGGCUUGCGUAGGUGUCUCAUUGGUCUUCGUCAUUCGCAGUAUCACUACAGAACUCCGUCAAAUCGUUGAUCUGACAGAAAUUCAACACCCUGAGAAGGAAGACAAGAUCAUCAGCGAGGGAACAGAAGAAGCUCUCAAGCUCGACACCCUCUUGAAGCUUUCUCAAAGCACGAGCUACGACCUCCGAGCCUCAGCAUUGCGCAUUAUUUCAGAACGAUCUACCAGAGGAGAUACUCGUGACUUGCUAUUAUUGGAUUUGGCAUCCAAAAACAAAGUGCAACAACAGCGAGCUUUGAAUGCAUUGAAUUUCUUAGUCUCUAACCACGCCCGGACCCGAAUUUCGAUUGACGCUCGACUUACCGAUCUAUCCACCUUUACUGCCAUUGUCGACUGCCUGUGCAACCUACUAGAAGAUCAUGUCGAAAAUACACCUACGACCAACUCGCCCAUCUUACCGAAAACACGGCCGAUGGGGGAGAAGAGCGCACUGAAAAUCCUGCAUAACUUGUUGUCGCCAAGGAACAUACCCGUUGCACUGGAGGCGGGGAUAGUUAGUCGGUGGCUUAGCAGAUAUCCUUUCCCAUGUGCAAAGGCUGAGCCUUCUCGCCGACGGGACGUUGUGAUUCUCAUGAAAACCUGGUGGCUAGAUGACCCGGUAAUGGGCACGAUCCUCGGCGUGCUUUCGGGCCACCCAGAUGGACUCAAGCAGCUGCGAAAAUAUGAACUAAUGGGCAGCAACAUAAUUGAAGAAAAUGAUCACGAUGAUGAUGAGGCGCGCAGCGACGUCUGGGUGGUGGCUGCGGAUCAGGCUCGUGGCUCGUUUGGAACUUCGUCGCAAAGACUUCAAGAGGGGAGUGCUGAAGAGCAAGCCCUUCGCCGUCGUAGGAGAGAAGCCAUGGUGCUGAGCGACGGCAGACGGCCGAUUGGAAAUGACGACAUCAUCCAACGACCUAUUGCUUAA